GGCUACGUAGUUCAACGUUUACGUUUUGUGGAUAUGGAAGCGUUAUCGUCUAGCGGUUUAUAGAGGUUAUUACCGGCGCCGGAAUUGUUGGAAGAGAUUUUUGUCAAUUUGUUGCAUUUGCACAUUGCUUUCCUCUCCGAUCUGCUCCGACCACGUGGAUGACUUCAUUGCCGAAUUACAGCUGAAAAACAUCAAUUUAUCGAAUGUAAUUUUCUUAGUCGUGAAGAACACGCGAACGAAAGAAAUGGAGGAUCAAUGGAAAUUAGUGGCGGCGUUUCUUCAGAACAAGGGUUUAGUGAAGCAACACAUAGAUUCUUACAACUAUUUCAUUAACGAAGAGAUCAAGAACAUUGUUAAGGCAAAUGAAAAGGUUCGAAGCGACGAGGAUCCACAUUUUUAUGUAAAAUAUUUAGAUAUACAAGUAGGCAAGCCUGACGUUCAGGAUGGCUAUGUGGAUCGGUCAACCACACCGCACGAAUGCCGUUUAAGAGAUUUAAAUUAUUCUGCCCCAAUUCUAGUAGAUAUUGAAUAUGUGAGAAAUAAUGAGCGAAUAAUAAAGAAAAAUAAGUUCAUCGGAAAGAUGCCGAUAAUGCUGCGCAGCUCUAACUGUGUGCUAACUAAAAAAUCCGAAUCCGAGUUGGCCAAAAUGAACGAAUGUCCGCUUGAUCCCGGUGGCUACUUCAUCAUAAACGGCCAGGAGAAGGUUAUAUUGAUACAAGAACAAAUGAUUAGGAAUAGGAUUAUCUUGGAGGAGGACAGCAAGGACUGCGUUGUUGCGGCGUGCAACAGUUUUACCCACGAGAAGAAGACCAAGACGAACGUUGUGGGUAAAGGUGGAAGAUAUUACAUAAGGCACAAUAUGUUCCAAGACGACAUACUGAUCACCGUCAUUUUCAAAGCUAUGGGGAUAGUGAGCGACUUGGAGAUCAUGCAAAUGGUCGGAACGCAAGAGAUAUAUCUGAAUAAAUUUGCAGCUAGUCUGGAGGAUUGCCAGGAGAUAGGCAUCUUUUCGCAGAACCAAGCGUUGAAAUAUCUCAAUAACAAACGGCGGCAGACCAUGAGAUUUCACGUCACGAAAAAUCGUGUGACCGACGAGAUGAAAGACGCGUUAGCGACGAACAUAUUGUCUCACGUACCCGUUGUCGAUUUCAAUUUCAGACCGAAGGCGCUGUAUCUCGCCUUGAUGAUCAGAAGAGUCAUAAACGCGCAGUCCGACCGGAGUCUGAUCGACGACAAGGACUAUUACGGUAACAAACGUCUGGAACUGGCCGGCUCCCUACUCGCCCUGAUGUUCGAGGAUGUGUUCAAGAGAUUCAAUUACGAGAUGAAGAACGUUGCCAAUAAGAACAUACCCAAGGUGAAAGCAGCGGCGUUCGACAUCUCUAAACACAUGAGGCACGACAUAAUUACCAACGGGCUGGCCUUCGCUAUAUCGUCGGGCAACUGGACGAUCAAGAGAUUCAGAAUGGAGAGGCAUGGUGUGACGCAGGUGCUGUCACGGCUGUCGUACAUCUCGGCGCUCGGUAUGAUGACGCGAGUCCACUCCCAGUUCGAGAAGACCAGGAAGGUCUCCGGUCCGCGAUCGUUGCAGGGCUCGCAGUGGGGUAUGCUGUGCCCGAACGACACGCCCGAGGGGGAAGCCUGCGGCCUGGUGAAGAACCUGGCUCUGAUGGCCCACAUCACCACGGCGGUGCCGGAGGAGCCGAUAAUAAAGCUGGUGCUUAAUCUCGGCGUCGAGAACAUUUACACCCUCGCCGGGGAAGAGCUGACUGACAGGGGUACGUAUACGGUUUUCGUGAACGGUAUCAUGGUGGGCAUCGUGCAGAACUAUCAGAAGCUGGUGCGUCAGUUCAGAUUGCUGCGCAGGAAGGGCUACAUCAACAGUUUCGUAUCGAUAUACACGCAACAUCGGCACAAGUGCGUUCAAAUCAGCUCCGACGGCGGGCGAUUGUGCAGGCCGUGCAUCAUCGUCAAGAACGGAAAGUCUCUUGUCAAGCAAAAGCACAUAAAGGAUCUUGAACGGAAUAUCUUGUCAUUCGAAGACUUUCUUUAUUACGGGUUGAUCGAAUAUUUAGACGUGAACGAGGAAAACGACAGUUUAAUCGCGUGCACGGAGUCCGAGCUCAACGACGACACGACGCAUCUGGAGAUCGCGGAGUUCGGAGUGUUGGGAGUGUGCGCGGGACUGAUACCGUACCCGCAUCACAAUCAGAGCCCGAGAAACACCUAUCAGUGCGCCAUGGGUAAACAGGCCAUGGGGGCUAUAGGAUACAAUCAACGUAAUCGCAUCGACACGGUGAUGUACAAUCUGGUGUACCCGCAAAAGCCUAUAGUGAAGACUCGAGCGAUCGACCUAAUCAAUUUCGAUAAAUUGCCAGCCGGCGAAAAUGCGAUCGUCGCCGUGAUGUCGUACAGCGGGUACGAUAUCGAGGACGCGUUGAUCUUCAACAAAGCCUCCAUCGACAGAGGAUACGGGAGAUGUCUCGUGUACCGAAACUCGAAAUGUAUAUUGAAGACAUAUUCCAAUCGAAAGCACGACAGAAUCAUGGGACCGUCGAUAGACGCCAAUACUAAGAAACCUAUACCAAAGCACGAAAUACUCGAUAGCGACGGGAUUAUAGCACCUGGUGAAAUGGUGGAAAAUAGGACUAUAUUGGUAAAUAAACAAGUACCGGCGCCGAGUGAGAUUAUGGCCCCCGUGAGCUCCGGCAAUGAACAACAAACGCAAACGGAAUAUCGGAACGCAGAAGUCCAGUAUAAAGGCUUGGUGCCGUCGUAUGUAGAAAAAGUGAUCGUAUCUAGUAACGCAGACGAUGUCUUUCUAGUAAAGUUGUUACUAAGGCAAACUCGGAGACCGGAGAUUGGCGACAAGUUCAGUAGUCGCCACGGGCAGAAGGGCGUUAUAGGUUUAAUCGCGGAGCAAGAAGACAUGCCGUUUAACGACCAUGGCAUGUGUCCCGACAUAAUUAUGAAUCCGCAUGGCUUUCCUUCUAGAAUGACGGUGGGCAAACUAAUAGAGGUACUUGCCGGCAAAGCUGGCGUCUUGAACGGAAAAUUUCAUGAUGCAACAGCGUUCAGUGAUGCCAAAGUGGAAGACAUUUGUGAAGAUUUGACGAAAAAUGGCUUUAAUUACUUAGGUAAAGAUCUCUUUUAUGACGGCAUGACUGGGAGACCGUUGACAGGAUACGUCUACUCCGGACCAGUUUAUUACCAAAAAUUGAAACAUAUGGUGCAAGACAAAAUGCACGCUCGUGCCAGGGGGCCUAGGGUAGUUCUAACACGUCAACCAACAGAAGGACGUUCCAGGGAAGGUGGUCUGCGACUGGGUGAAAUGGAGCGUGACUGUCUAAUUAGUUAUGGAGCUAGCAUGUUAUUAGUAGAGAGACUCAUGAUAUCGAGCGAUGCUUUUAAAGUUGAUGUUUGUAAUAAAUGCGGUCUGAUAGGAUAUAACGGUUGGUGCCAGAGAUGCAAAUCCAGCUCUUCCGUCUCUACGAUAACGAUGCCUUACGCUUGUAAAUUAUUGUUCCAAGAACUGCAGUCCAUGAAUGUAGUACCUCGUUUAUCCCUGAAGGACUAUUGUGAUUGAUUGUAUAUUUUUUAAAAAAUUUAAUAUAAAUAUAAAUAAAUAACAUUAAAGAAUUUCAAGAGAAUUUUAAUCAAGUAUAAUUUAAGUUUGGUUCAAUGCAUGGGGACAAAGUUUUCGGAUGAUUUCGAAUUUAUUUAAAUCUUCAAAUUAAAAACUAUAUCUGUCAUACAAGCCUAUGACAGAUUACAUACUCAAGUAAAUUGGUUGUGUACAUUUUGGAAGACGUAUACAUUGGUCUCUUUGGGGUUUGAUCAUCGGAGAAAUCUCCAUGUUAUUGUAAAUGCUAUUUAACAAGUGUUUAGUUCAUGCCAUAAGUAGUUGAUAAAUGGAUUCCCAGUACGGGUUAUCAUUCACAACAUACAUACUCUUUCAUUCGCUAUCUUUGAUUCUUCAAUCAGCUUCUUAUAAACCGGUAUAUAUGGAUCGGAAUUAAACCCGGAAUCCAUCGACCUUUAAUCGGCCGUUCUUGUACUAGGCUACAUUUUAACAAAUGUUUAAUUAUUAAAAUGUGUCGCACCUU